CGCGGCCUGAGAAAGCAGCGGGAGAGAGAGACGCGAGGCCACGGCGAGGGGCGUCCCAGGCGGGCGGCGGCGGCGGCAGCUCGCGCGUAGAGCGGAGCAGCCGGCACUGGCGGCGGCGGCGGCGGGGGGCCGCGACUGACGGAGCUCGCCUGCCCGGCCCUUCUCUGCCGCCACAGCCGCAGCCGCCGCGUCCUUUCUCUCUCUCUCUUCCCUCCCUUCCUCCCGCCUCCCUCCCUCCCUCUCUCUCUCUGGUGGCGAAAGGAGGCUACGUUGCCAGAGACGAACUCGAAGCGCGCGGAGCCGCCCAGGAGCCACGGUAUCUCCUGCAGAAGGUGCCAGGUUCAAUCCCUGGCAACAUCUCCAGGUGGAGAUGGAAAAGAUUCCUGCCUGAAACCUUGGAGAGCUGCUGCCCGUCAGUGUAGAGGCCACUGGAUGGACCAAGAGUCUGACUCAGUAGUUCCGGCCCCGGGAGACCUGCCCACCAGCAGUGUGCCUGUCUCGAGUGACGGGUUCGGGGGUCCAAAAUGUCGGAGACGCUGGACCUGGAAAAGGGGUGCACGGUGGACACCUUUCUGCACGGCUGCAUUGAGGCCUUUGAUGACGAGGGCAAAGUGCGGGACCCCCAGCUGGUCCGGAUGUUCCUCAUGAUGCACCCCUGGUACAUCCCUUCCUCGGAGCUGGCAGCCAAACUGCUGCAGAUUUACCAGGAGUCACGUGGGCCAGAAAACAGUUCCCUGCAGGUGAAAACGUGCCAUCUGGUCAGGUACUGGAUCUCUGCGUUCCCUGCGGAAUUCGAUUUGAACCCAGAACUGGCAGAGCAGAUCAAGGAGCUGAAGGAAGUCUUGGGUCGGGAAGGGAAUCGGCGGCACAGCAACCUGAUUGACAUAGAGAGCGUCCCGACUUAUAAAUGGAAGAGGCAAGUCACACAACGCCAACCCGUGGCACAGAAAAAGCGCAAGACCUCGCUGCUUUUUGACCACUUGGAGUCGGGGGAGCUGGCUGAACACCUCACCCACCUGGAAUACCACUCCUUCAGCAAGAUCCUGUUCCAGGACUACCACAGCUUCGUCAUGCACGGCUGCACGGUGGACAAUCCCAUCCUGGAGCGGUUCAUCACGCUCUUCAACAGCGUCUCCCAGUGGGUGCAGCUCAUGGUGCUCAGCAAACCCACAGCUCAGCAGCGCGCCCAGGUGAUCACCCGCUUUGUCAUGGUGGCCCAGAGGCUGCUCCAGCUGCAGAAUUUCAACACGCUGAUGGCGGUGGUGGGAGGCCUUGGCCACAGCUCCAUCUCCCGCCUCAAGGAGACACACAGCUUCGUGAGCCCGGAGACCACCAAGGUGUGGGAGUCGCUAACCGAAUUGCUGACGUCUGUGGGGAACUACAGCCGUUACCGGCGGCGCUUCGCCGAGUGCGUGGGCUUCAAGUUCCCCAUCCUGGGGGUCCACCUCAAGGACCUGGUGGCCGUGCAUGUAGCCCUCCCUGACUGGCUGGACCGUGCGCACACCUGUGUGAAUGGCAACAAGAUGCAGCAGCUGUUCAGCAUCCUCAGCGACCUGGCCAUGGUGCAGAGUAUCCGGCCGCCUUUCGAAGCCAAUCCUGACCUCCUAAAUCUGCUGAUGGUCUCCCUGGAUCAAUACCAGACCGAAGAGGAGAUCUACCAGCUCUCUCUGCAACGAGAACCCCGAAACAAAUCCACGCCUUCCAGCCCGACCAGCUCCACGCCGCCCCCCCAGCCGGUUGUCAUCGAGGAAUGGGCAUCGGUGCCGAAACCCAAGCCGGACCAGGCGAUCGUGCGCAAGCACAUUGAGAAGAUGGUGGAGUCUGUCUUUCGGAACUUUGACGUGGAUGGAGACGGGCACAUUUCCCAGGAGGAGUUCAAGAUCAUCCGGAAUAACUUCCCGUACCUCUGCAAAUUUGGAGACCUGGACGAGAACCAGGACGGCUGCAUCAGCCGGGAAGAGAUGAUCUCCUACUUCAUGAAGUCCAGCAUGGAUCUGAACGGGAAGAUGGGCUUCAUCCACAGCUUCUACGAGACCACCUUCCUGCGCCCGGUGGCUUGCCGCCACUGCAAGGGCCUGAUCCUUGGACUCUACAAGAAAGGACUAAAAUGCCGGGCCUGCAGCGUGAGCUGCCACAAGCAGUGCCGGGAGCUCCUCUCCGUCGAGUGUCGCAAACGGACCAAGAGUGUCAGCCUUGACGGACCAGCGUCUUUGCCUGCCCGGUCCUUCAGCUUCUCCCUGCCGCGCCCUGGGCGGACUUCCCUGCGGAACACAGAAAUCCAGGAGGAAGAAGUGCAGGCGGUGGAGGACGGAGUCUUUGACGUCCGCUUAUGAGACUGAUGGCUGGACGGGUUGCCUGGAAUGUGGGCAUCAGAGACGUCUCCUCUGCUCAUCUGCCACCACUUCGGGGAGCCCCCAGCCUCCCUCCCGCUCAAGUGGAGUGUGUAUUCUGAGGUGGGGGACGCACAGGAGACAGCACCGUAAGGUCUCAAAUCUGAUUCGAAAAACCUUCCUCUCCCCUGCGCUCCAAGGGCUGAGACGGAGACUCCUAAGAACAGGGAGUGAGGCCUCUGUUCCCAAUCUCCAGAGGAUGCAGGCCUCCCCUACGUGUGUGUAUAUUUGUAUCGAGAACUGGAUUCGAAGGUGUAAUAAAUUCAACACUUCCUCUCU